AUGCCCCGCCAGAAGAAAAAACAGGCUGAAGAGGAAGAGCUCGCUGAUUUUGACUUUCUCGAAUCUCAGCCUUCAAGCAGCGAGGAUCAGCAGAUAGAACGUAUCCUGGCAGAGAGAAUAGCAGCUGCAAAGGAAAAGAAACGACAAGAGCGAGACCAACGGUUCUUGGACGGUGCUUCAACCUCGCUCAACAAGAUCCUCGAUGAAGCAGAGGAAGAGGUGCAGUCCACCGCAGAGGCCAUCGACAAAUUGUUCAGUCAAUUCGUGGAAGAGUAUGCUGCGAUAGAGGACCGCAUCCAUCAUCUGUGGACUGAGAUUUUGAAGCGUCAUCAAUUUAUCGAGGGCCUUCUCCAAGAGAAGCACAAGCUCAGCCUUGAGCUCGCGAAGAAAUGCGAGGAUAAGCAUAUUCAUGGCUUAUCCAAGAUGAAGGGAGCUUGCAAACAAUUCGAGGCAGCCGUACAGUCCUUACUCGAAGAAUCGGAAGACGAAGAAGAUUCGGAUUCCUAG